GGGACAAAGCAGAAGCAGACUACUGAGACUGAAGGAAAGCAGACUGGCGCUGGCGCCGAUACAAUGCGCAAACAAGUUCACAAAACAAAUCUAAAUAGUGAAACUCGUUAAAAAUGUCAACUGAAGAAACAAGGAAUUUUCGAUCAUCUUAUUAUGAAAAAGUGGGAUUCAGAAGUGUCGAAGAAAAGAAAUCAAUAGAAAUCCUAUUAAAGGAAAAACCAUUAGACAUAUCAAAGUUAAAACAGUUUAGUUUACGCUUCACCGUUCCUCAAAUGUAUAGAAACUUAAUGUGGAAGCUGCUUUUAGGAGUGAUGUCACCACAUGUAGAAAGCCAUACUUUUAUAAUGGAUCAAAGAACCCAAGAAUAUAAUGACUUGUUGAGAGCUUUACAGUCAAUGCAGAUUGUAACAGAAGAUCUUCCAAAGCAUCACAUUUUUCUGAUAAUGUGGCUUUUGAGGACUGGAAAUCUUAAACUGGAUUGGAGAGCUCAGCUGGAGGAUCCUCCCUAUCAAAAUCUUCUUCUCAUUUCAUCAGCUUUACUUAACAUGUUUGACAAUGAUGUUGACAUUUUCUGGAUAUCUAAAGGAUUUUUCCAGUAUGUUGUAAGAUUUUAUGCAUGUGUGCAAGUACUUGUGAGUGCCACACUGAAAAGCUUGGAAAAGGAAGAUCAAGAGUUAUACAGCCAUUUAGAAAAACUUCAAGCUCUUGAUGCGAUUCCAUUUACCACAUGGUAUUGCUCAUGCUUCGCUGGGCUUCUGAAGGAUCCUGCCUUAGCCAAAAUUUGGGAUAAAUUGGUUGGUGGAUCAUGCAAAAUUCUCGUAUUUGUAGCCAUUAGGAUAUUGACCACCAUGAAAAGACGUCUGAUUCAGUUGAAAUCUGCAGAAUCAGUUGUUGAAUGUUUAUGUGAUAUAACUGAAGAAACUGCUGAAAUGAUAGCCAACAAAGCCAUUGAACUAUGGCAACAGUAUGGUAGCCCCCUAACACCUGCUUCUCACCCUGAUGGACUGAAACCGCAUGCUCCUAAUCAAAGGUUAAAAGGGUUUUCCACAAUCUUUCUGUAAAGUCUCCCUCCCUCUCUUUUUCUAUUUUUCAUUUGACGUGCAACUAGCAAUGCAAUGUAUGCUUCAACAAUGUUCGUAUUGAAGUGUAUUUAGAUAGCAUGUAGAGCUGUUCUGAUCUAUCACCUUGAAUUUUGUUUUAAUCUUUAAACUGAGUAUAUGGUUUGUUAAUUAAGGAGAGAGAUUGAAAGGCUUUGACCAGAAAAAUAUAUUCUUUGAACAAUCAA